AUGAACAAGGACGUCAAAGCUUGGGCACGGUCGUGUCUCAGCUGCCAGCGCAACAAGGUGCAGCGUCACAACAAGUCCUCACCAAGCACUUUCCCCAGUCCCGACGCACGGUUCAGCCAUGUGCAUCUGGAUGUCGUAGGCCCCUUGCCUCCAUCCAAUGGUUUCACCUACCUCCUUGCCUGUGUCGAUCUAUAUACUCGCUGGGCUGAAGCUAUUCCUUUGCCAAAUGUUCAGGCUGAAACCAUCGUGAAGGCCUUCGUCAGUCGUUGUGUCGCCAUGUUCGGUGCCCCAUCCACGGUUACGACUGAUCGUGGUGCCCAGUUUGAGUCGGCACUCUUCCAAACGCUACUCAAUUUUCUUGGCUGCACACGCAUUCGGACGACAGCCCACCACCCAGCUGCCAACGGUAUGGUUGAGCGUUUCCAUCGCCAGCUAAAGACCGCCCUGCGUGCCGUCGAAGACCCAGGAAACUGGUCGGACCACCUUCCUCUUGCACUCCUCGGCAUCCGCGCAGCUCUGAAGUCGGAUCUGGGCUGUAGCGAAGCCGAAUUGGUUUUCGGCACUACCCUCCGACUGCCAGGCGAGAUGAUCACCCCAACCUCUCGUGGAGCCGACGAGACUCCUGACAAUCUUGUGCACCGUUUGCGGCAAUUCAUGCGCUCGCUUUCCCCGGUUCCACCUAGAACUCCUAUGACUGAGUCUUAUGUCGGAAAGGACUUGGACAACUGUACUCAUGUGUUCAUCCGGUGUGACCGUGUGCGCCAGCUGCUGGAAUCACCUUACGAAGGACCGUUCCGUGUGCUCGCGCGCAACGCCAAAACCUUCCGGAUUCUUCGCAGUGACAAGGAGGACGUUGUCAGUGUCGAUCGGGUCAAGGCUGCUGUUGCAGAGGAGCCGCCGGACCGGUCACAAGGACAAACAUGUGCUGACCCCCUAACCCCUGUUCCUCCAUCUUCCCUAUCCCCUACUCGUUCACCCUGUCCACUGCCUUGCCCUUCCCCUCCCUUGCCCUCCACCCCUCCGUCCCGCAUACUUCCUCUCCCUACAUGUCAACAGCAUCCAACUGCAACACCAUCGUCCACCGCAGCACGCAGUGAAACCUCUUCGACUGUACCUCCUGCAUACAUAACUCGCAGUGGCCGUCACGUUCAUUUUCCCGAUCGUUUAGUUACCCAUUUUUUCUAG